AUAAAAGCUCGAGGAGGUAAGUGUGUGUUUAUAGCAUCGUGUCAAAUAAGAAACGAAUAAAAACCAUCUCAUCCCAGGAAACUGACUCUUGGACAUGGUUUAUCGUAAUAAUAACUACCUAAAAUAAUAAACACGUUUGGAGAAACUGUAUUUGAAGAGAAGAUUAGUGUCAUUUUAAUGAAAAGUGCGGGACUUAUGAUGACCUGUAGCCAUAAUAGCCAGCCACAAGGGGUCUCACUUUGACUGAAUGUUAUGUCCUUCACAAACUCUGUGGUCCUCACUCAUCAUGCUCAUCGUCACGCUGUCAUCACUCUCUGUCGUGUUCGCAUGCUAAAAGCCUAUAUCACCUCCCGCCCCUGACCAGGUACGGUAACUGUUCACGUUACUGUCGUUCAAAAUGUCCAACGAAUCGGCGUUAGCCGAGAGCAUCGGCAGAGCCGUCCUGGCGGCUAUUCAAAAUGUUUCAACAAUGACAACAACCGCCUCGGGGCCACCACAGGCCACCUCAGCUCCCACCACUUACAAUUACACACCGGGGCCAGCCACACCCACCACCUCCACUGGGACAUCAUACCGCUCGGUUCCCUUUCCAUCAGUUCAUCAAAGGACUGCUACACACUCACGUUUUGGCAGGAAAAACAAAGCCUGCAAACACUAUACAAGAGAUGUUGUGUGCUUGCCUUUUUCGUCAGCAUCAACAUUCCGCAUUCCAAGGGGAGACUCAAGAGCAAAUUUAGCACGAGAUGGCCUUAUUGGGAAGAUCUCCUUUACAUCUGACUGGUCUGAAGCACAACUUAAAGAAGAAAUGAGUGCCAUUUUCAGAAGAACGUUUGCAUUGUCUAUGGGCCAGUCCUUCCCAUUUGAGUAUUUGAGUACAGUCAAGGGAUGCAAAAGACUAAUGAAACCAAACGUCUCAAGCAGUUUUCUGUGGGGUGGAAAAGAAGUUGCCUCGAUUAGUUCAGCCUCUUGUCUCUAUAUAAUGGCAUUGAUAAGCAAACCUUUACAGGAACCUGAGGAACUCUCCGAUAGUGACCUUGAAAGUCCUGUGGGCUUGAGAAGGAGAGUUCAUACAGUGUCACCUUCCACAAGUGAAAGUGAGCUCAUCAGUCAAGGUAGUGAAAAUGAAAGAAUGCAAGAAAGUCCAUCACAUCAAAGAAUGCUGAGUACAGUUCCUUCAUCACAGAGGGAAAGUGAGGCCAGAUGUCAGGAGACAGAGAGCAGCACUCAAGAGAGUGAAAGUCAGGGCCAGGCAGAGGACCUGAGACAAGUGUUUCCUUAUAAUGUGGCAGAAUUUGUCCCUGUUUAUCUGGAGGAAGAUGAGGCUCUUGAAGAGGCAAUUCAGCGUAGUCUGCUAGAAGAGUGGGAUGUACCUGCUGUUAAUACUUUAAAGUCAUCUGAAAUGCUGAGCAAAGAAGAAAUUGCAGGUCUUCUACAAGCUCACAGUGAGAGAGUUAUUACAUCGGGAACAAGACAGAUCUAUAUCAGUCGAGCCAAUGUUUGGACCACAGCCUUGCGUGUGUUUAAAAGACCCAGUUUUGCAGAAAGCUGUGACAAGCUCUAUGUCACAUUUACAAGCGAUGAACAUGAUGCUGUGGAAGAUGCUGCUGACCUUGGGGGUCCCAGACGAGAGUUUUUCCGUUUACUGGUGAAGGCUAUCUUCCAGGACAGUGGAGCUUUUGAAGGCACACCAAAUGGAUGCACACCAAGACUGAACAUGCUCCACUUGCAAAAUGGAGUGUAUCGAACCAUUGGCAGGAUGAUGUCAACAAUAAUAGUGCAAGGGGGUGAACCACCUGCAUUCCUGUCCCCAAGUGUAGUGGACUACAUUGUGUCUGGGGACAUCCUUCAAGUUCACGUGUCACCUGAUGAUAUAGGUGACCCUGAUUUAAGGGAAAACCUCAAUAAGGUUCAACAUGCAACCUUGCAGGAUGAUUUGGAGAAAGCUGUCAGCUGCUGUGACUCAUGGCGAUAUCAAGUAGAGGGGCUUCCAGUCGUAGUCACCAUGGCCAACAGAGAUCUGUUUGUGAAAAAUGCAGUUCUAUAUCAUACUGUUGUGCAACGGCAGAGCUGUCUUGAUCAACUCAUUGAUGGCUUGUCUCACUAUGGAGUUUUAUCACUCCUGAGAGAGAACCCCAGCUUGCGUGUGCUGCUUAACAUACCAGGAGAGGACAAAGGUCAAGAAGCUGAUUUUGUAGCUGGUAUUCUCAAACCAAGCUACUCCGUACUGGGGAGCAACAGAAGAGCUAAGGAGGAGUUGAUAGUGGUCAAAUUUAGGGAGUUUCUCCAAUGUGUUGAAAAUAAAGAGCUGAGAGACACGUAUGGGGACAGGACUCUAACCAACGAUGAGGAGGCAUUCCUGAAGAUUUUGAGCCCUGGUCACAUCCUGGCAUUUGCUACAGGUAGCAGCAAAGUCCCAGCCAUUGGCUUUCAUCCAGCUCCUAAAUUAAUGUUUAUUCAUGAUGAAAAAAAACAUCUUCCCAUUGCACACACUUGUGCAAAUGAGCUCCACCUUUUUGUAAACGCAAAAACAAUGGCUGAUGAUGAUGAAUUUAACUACUGCUUCCUAGUAGCUCUAAUGAAUGGAUCUUUAUUCAGCACCAUUUAAACAAACAGUUCAACUGUUAAUUUGUGAAAGAACCCUUGCAGUGUAAUACACCACUGUUUAGUGCAGGGCUCCACAUGUUUGUUCAUAGAGGACAUAGUUUGUCCAUGUUAUAAAGCAAUGGUUUCAAUUGCAGUACAUAAAAAAGCUGAAAAAUAAAUACUUUAGAUUGUGUUUUUCCAUCUUGCUCCACACUCUUUGCCUUGUUUUCUUACAAAAAACGUUUACCUCUGUGAGGACUAUCUGACCCCUUCUUUAUACUGUAAGAUGUUGUACUGUAUGAUUGGAAGGAUAUGGAAUCAGUCAUCGCAGUAAUAAUAAAUUACCAAUGUAGUUACUUUAA